GUGACGACGCGACUCGCGGCGCGUCCCGUGACGCCAUCGCGCCCGCUUUUGAAAGUUGGCGCCCGGGGCCGCCUCCCAUGCUGCCCUGCGCCAACCCCUCCCCUCACCUUUCCUCCCCCGCCCUCUACUCGCCGCCCGGCCGGCCCCCCCACCCGUCCCUUCCCUUAUCAGCACCCGCGGCCCCGGCAGCGCCGACGCAGGCGCACUGCACCGCGCCGCCGCCAUUUUGUGUCUGAGCCUGUGGAGCGAUUAAACCGUGCGCGGACCUGCUUCUUUGGCGGCAGCGGCGGCGGCGGUAGCCGGUGCGGACGCGCGGAGCUCGCCGGAGACGCCGGGUGGCCGGAGCCGUGGAGCGGCGGCGGAGCGGGCGCCGCGGGGGGUGUGGCGCGGAGAAUGAUUACGGACCUGAAGCCAAAGAACAAGAUGCGCUAGUGGACAGAUUGCUGACCAGGGGCUUGAGAGCUGGGUUCUAUUUUCCCUCCUCAAACUGACUUUGCAGCCACGGAGAGGCAGGGGAAAUGGAAGGUGAUGCAGUCGAAGCCAUUGUGGAGGAGUCUGAAACUUUUAUUAAAGGAAAGGAGAGAAAGACUUACCAGAGACGCCGGGAAGGGGGCCAGGAAGAAGAUGCCUGCCACUUACCCCAGAACCAGACGGAUGGGGGUGAGGUGGUCCAGGAUGUCAACAGCAGUGUACAGAUGGUGAUGAUGGAACAGCUGGACCCCACCCUUCUUCAGAUGAAGACUGAAGUAAUGGAGGGCACAGUGGCUCCAGAAGCAGAGGCUGCUGUGGACGAUACCCAGAUUAUAACUUUACAGGUUGUAAAUAUGGAGGAACAGCCCAUAAACAUAGGAGAACUUCAGCUUGUUCAAGUACCUGUUCCUGUGACUGUACCUGUUGCUACCACUUCAGUAGAAGAACUUCAGGGGGCUUAUGAAAAUGAAGUGUCUAAAGAGGGCCUUGCGGAAAGUGAACCCAUGAUAUGCCACACCCUACCUUUGCCUGAAGGGUUUCAGGUGGUUAAAGUGGGGGCCAAUGGAGAGGUGGAGACACUAGAACAAGGGGAACUUCCACCCCAGGAAGAUCCUAGUUGGCAAAAAGACCCAGACUAUCAGCCACCAGCCAAAAAAACAAAGAAAACCAAAAAGAGCAAACUGCGUUAUACAGAGGAGGGCAAAGAUGUAGAUGUGUCUGUCUACGAUUUUGAGGAAGAACAGCAGGAGGGUCUGCUAUCAGAGGUUAAUGCAGAGAAAGUGGUUGGUAAUAUGAAGCCUCCAAAGCCAACAAAAAUUAAAAAGAAAGGUGUAAAGAAGACAUUCCAGUGUGAGCUUUGCAGUUACACGUGUCCACGGCGUUCAAAUUUGGAUCGUCACAUGAAAAGCCACACUGAUGAGAGACCACACAAGUGCCAUCUCUGUGGCAGGGCAUUCAGAACAGUCACCCUCCUGAGGAAUCACCUUAACACACACACAGGUACUCGUCCUCACAAGUGCCCAGACUGCGACAUGGCCUUUGUGACCAGUGGAGAAUUGGUUCGGCAUCGUCGUUACAAACACACCCACGAGAAGCCAUUCAAGUGUUCCAUGUGCGAUUACGCCAGUGUAGAAGUCAGCAAAUUAAAACGUCACAUUCGCUCUCAUACUGGAGAGCGUCCGUUUCAGUGCAGUUUGUGCAGUUAUGCCAGCAGGGACACGUACAAGCUGAAAAGGCACAUGAGAACCCAUUCAGGGGAAAAGCCUUAUGAAUGUUAUAUUUGUCAUGCUCGGUUUACCCAAAGUGGUACCAUGAAGAUGCACAUUUUACAGAAGCACACAGAAAAUGUGGCCAAAUUUCACUGUCCCCACUGUGACACAGUCAUAGCCCGAAAAAGUGAUUUGGGUGUCCACUUGCGAAAGCAGCAUUCCUAUAUUGAGCAAGGCAAGAAAUGCCGUUACUGUGAUGCUGUGUUUCAUGAGCGCUAUGCCCUCAUCCAGCAUCAGAAGUCACACAAGAAUGAGAAGCGCUUUAAGUGUGACCAGUGUGAUUACGCUUGUAGACAGGAGAGGCACAUGAUCAUGCACAAGCGCACCCACACCGGGGAGAAGCCUUACGCCUGCAGCCACUGCGAUAAGACCUUCCGCCAGAAGCAGCUUCUCGACAUGCACUUCAAGCGCUAUCACGACCCCAACUUCGUCCCUGCGGCCUUUGUCUGUUCUAAGUGUGGGAAAACAUUUACACGUCGGAAUACCAUGGCAAGACAUGCUGAUAAUUGUGUUGGCCCAGAUGGCGUAGAGGGGGAAAAUGGAGGAGAAACGAAGAAGAGUAAACGUGGAAGAAAAAGAAAGAUGCGCUCUAAGAAAGAAGAUUCCUCUGACAGUGAAAAUGCUGAACCAGAUCUGGACGACAAUGAGGAUGAGGAGGAGCCUGCCGUAGAAAUUGAACCUGAGCCAGAGCCUCAGCCUGUGACCCCAGCCCCACCACCCGCCAAGAAGCGGAGAGGACGACCCCCUGGCAGAACCAACCAGCCCAAACAGAACCAGCCAACAGCUAUCAUUCAGGUUGAAGACCAGAAUACAGGUGCAAUUGAGAACAUUAUAGUUGAAGUAAAAAAAGAGCCAGAUGCUGAGCCCGCAGAGGGAGAGGAAGAGGAGGCCCAGCCAGCUGCCACAGAUGCCCCCAACGGAGACCUCACACCCGAGAUGAUCCUCAGCAUGAUGGACCGGUGAUGGCGGAGCCUUGUGCGUCGCCAGGACUGCUCUGGGCUGUGUUUAAACGGCCCGCAUCUUAAUUUUUCUCCCUUCUUUCUUUUUUUGGCUUUGGGAAAAGCAUCAUUUUACCAAACAUACCGAGAACGAAAACUUCAAGGAUGAUGUUAGAAAAAAAUGUGAUUUAACUAGAACUUGCUGUCUGAUGUUAGCAAAUCAUGGAAUGUUCUGAGUCCCCGAGGGUUUACUGUGAAGUGCUGAGGACAGUGUUGACGACUAACUCGUUUUCCUAGAUGGAAACGGAGACAUUGACCCCUCCCUCCAUGUGGUAAACCACUCCAGAAUGGCCACCAGGCUUCCCAGAGUUCUAUGGUCUUCUUCCCAAGAGAGUUUUUAAUUGUAAAUGCAUACUUGGGAAGGACUUAGACUUUUAAACUGUUUUUUGCUUUUGCUUUUCCCUGACUCCCUUUGCUUGGAGUCAGCUGCACACCAGUAGUAUGGCAUGCUACGAUCAGGUUCUGUCCUGAAAGCUUUGCCUCUUUCUUGGCAAAGUUUCUGGUAUGGUCAAGCUUGUAAAUAACUUUUUUUACAUUUUAAUCUUUUCCAUUAAUUAAGAGGUUGAAAAGAAGUGCAGUGUAAGAAAACCCAGCAUUUUAAUUACUUGCAAAUUAAGUUACCACAGACUCUGUAGUGUGUAAAUGUUGACAAGGAAUUGGAUCACAAUCAUGUAGCAGAAUGGCACCCAGACCACUGCCCACCAGUGACGGACACCCAUGUGGCAGAUCAUGAUUUCCAGCCCACGGAGCCAGCAUUUGAACCUUGUAUAAUUAACUUUCAGUUAUGAUUUCCCAUCGACAUUUUCUUUGCCCUGUUUGUAGCUGAUGUGUUUUAUAAAUCUUCUGUUAAGGCAGAAGGGUGAUUAUGAGUGGGUCACAGCAGCCCUUAUAAGCUGGGCCAGAAAAUUUCACUAGGUCAGUAAUUUAAACCUUGGAUCUUCAAAAAAUAAUAAUGUGAAGCAAAACCAACUAAAAAGUGAUUCUUGCACAUGAACUGUCACAUGUUUAAAAAUGUGUUUUUUAGAGAGCCUCAGUCUUACUGAUUUCAAACACUUUUUUCUUCUGUGUAUUGCUUUUAAGAGAGCUAUCAGUUAGCUAUCAGACUCUAGGUUGAUGCAUUUUGUACUUAGCUGUACUGUGUGAUAUUUUUCAUUAUUUUAGGACGCCAACAUGAGACCUGUAAUAAAAUAUGUAAUGGGGUUGAAAGCUGGGGAGGAGGAUCUACUGCUGUACAGCUAAUAAAUCAUAACGGAUUAACAAGUGC